GGGUACCAGACUACAUGUAUGUGAGUGAUGUAACCUUUACAAGAAAUUUAUAAUGUGGGGAGAGAAAAGAAAAGAAAAUAAUGUUCUUUUCACAACAACCAUCUGUUGCUGUUGGUUGCCAGUGAUUUAGACUUGAAAGCGCCCAUCUUUUCAUGUCCAUUGACAUUGAUAGUUGAUACAUCACUUGCCUUGUUCAUGUUCUCUUUUGACUCUUUCUUUCCCUGCUCUUGUUUCUCCAUCGUUGUCAAGCACUGUGUUUAAGUGUUACUUAAAAGCUUAAACCUUCUCAGUCACCACACGCUCACAGAGAGACAAAAAUGGGGUCUCCAGCUGCUGAAACAGCCAAGAAGAAAGCAAUGUGGUUGUAUCCAAAGGUUUUGGGCUUUAAUCCUUCUGAAAGAUGGGGGCACUCUGCUUGCUUCUCUGGAGGGCUUAUGUAUGCGUUUGGGGGGUGUUGUGGGGGGCUACAUUUCGAAGAUGUGCUGUGUUUGGACCUUGACAAAAUGGAUUGGAGCAAGUUGGCUACCAAGGGUGAAAAGCCAGGCCCUAGAGAUAGCCAUAGUGCUGUUCUUGUAGGGCACAGAAUGAUAGUGUUUGGUGGCACAAAUGGGUUCAAGAAGGUGAAUGACACUCGCAUAUUGGAUCUUGUUACCAAAGAGUGGAUUCGUCCUAAAUGUGAAGGGGUUCCUCCUUCUCCAAGGGAAAGCCACACUGCCACUCUAGUUGGUGAUCAAAGACUAGUGAUUUUUGGUGGUAGUGGAGAAGGUGACGCAAACUAUUUAAAUGAUUUACAUAUUCUAGACCUAAGGACCAUGAGGUGGACUUCUCCUUUAGUCAAAGGUGAUUUGCCUGUUCCUAGGGACAGUCAUAGCACUGUUGCAGUUGGGAACAAGCUUAUUGUGUAUGGUGGAGACUGUGGUGAUCAGUAUCAGGGUGAUGUUCAUGUGUUUGACAUGGAUACAAUGACUUGGUCAAGGUUGAAAAUUCAAGGCUCUUCCCCCGGAAUAAGGGCAGGUCAUGCAGCUACGAGUAUUGGAACCAAGGUGUACAUCAUUGGAGGGGUGGGAGAUAAACGUUAUUAUAAUGACGCCUGGGUGUUUGAUAUUUGCACUUGUUCGUGGACUCAGCUUGAUGUACGAGGUCAAGCGCCACAGGGGCGAUUUUCUCACACAGCUAUUGUAGUAAACAUGGAUAUCGCCAUAUAUGGCGGCAGUUGUGGGGAAGAUGAACGUCCUUUGAACGAAUUGUUAGUGUUGCAACUUGGAUCAGGCCAUCCAAAUGGACGUUACAACAUUUCCAUGUGCAAAGAUUUUGGAACUUAUUGGAAUCAAGAAAAGAGGACCAUACCUAGAGUAACAGAUACCAACUCGACAACUCCACGUACGGGGAAUGAAGUAGAAGUCUUGGGAAAAUGGGCUUAUGAAGUUGUUUCGCAUAAAGGGCAACCUUGUCAUUUCGAUUCUGGCACUUCGCAACAGAAGAGGAGGAGAAUUGCUGUUGCAAAGGUGUGGGAUGUUGAAUCAGAACAAGAAGAACAUUCUCUUUCACUGUCCCAGCAUUCAUCCCCAUCUCAAUCUGAUCAAGAACUGACACCAGGUCAAAGAACAAAUGUUUCUGUCAUGGAUUCUCAGCGGUAUCAUUGGUUCAAACAUAUCAAUAAAAGUCCAAGUAAUAGCCAGCUAAACAAUGUCUUGAGUAACAACACAGUUUUGAAGAAUACCACACAAAGAAGUCCUCGUCUCGUGGAACAUCAACCAAAUCAGUAUGUUCAUGUUGAUGAGGAUAGAAAAGGAGCUCGAGACAACCAACACAUGAUUGGUGCUGAAGUUCGGGGGAAAGUUGAUGGAGCCUUUGAUUCAGGUUUACUCAUGACUGCAGCUGUGAAUGGAAGAGUUUUCAGAGGAGUCUUAUUUCCACCUGGAGCAGGAGUUUUUUCCAAAUGUGUUGAGCCAAACUGUUCUUUAUCAUGCUCAUUUCCCUCCACUCAACAAUUUAUGAACUCAAAUCAUGUGAGAGAUUCCAAGCAAGUAUGCCAUGGUGGCUUGAGGCAACCUGUGCUAGCUCAACCAUCACCAAUCAUGAGAGGCACAACCAAAGAGAAUAAAAUGAGGAGUGACCUUCAAGGGUUGGUUUUGACACUUGGAGGGCCUGCAAGUGGCAACCAUGCUUGAUGCUAAGGUGAAUUGUUGGGGAGGCUAAUAAGGUUCUUGUAAAUUUAGGAAAUAAUCCUUUGUACUUUAAUGGUUAUGCAUUUGUGGGAUCAGUAAUGAGUUGUGUAAUAGUAUUUGCCUAUUUGGUAACUUAGAUCUAUAUUUGAUUAUGUAUCACUACCCAUUUCUAUUUCU